AUGGCGCUAGCGACCAUCACUCCGGUUGCCGCCCUCCGCGCGCUCCGCGCGCACGUGAUUGCCGGGAAACCCGUGGCCGUCGAGGACAAGGCGCUCGUGUUCCUCGACGCGAGCGGAGCCGAGCUGCAGCGUCUGGACAAGCACAGCGCCACCGCGUACCACUCGAAGAAGCUGGACAAGAGCUACGACUUGCUGGCCGUGUACACUUGUUUUCAGUAUGCCGGUCUGAGCUUCAGCGACUAUGUGCUCAAGUGCCGCGAGGAGAAAGCUGCGAUGGUCUCGACCGUGGACAAGAAGGAGCUCGUGGCGUAUCUCAAGGGCGACAUUGACACGAGCGCGCAGAUCGUGGACACAAGCGACAGCGGCGCGUCGACGCGACCGGAGGCUCAUGUCGCAGCACCUCUGCGUGCCGACGACAGUGCGCGCGCACUGAAGCGGGCAAAGACGGGGCACGAGGGGCAAGCGCCGCCGGUGCGCGCGGUACAGAGACAGGACAAGCCGAUGGGAGCGUCGGAGACGCAGCUCAAGCGGCUGCUGGCCAAGGAGUACGUUCUCCGCACGCGCGUCACCAUGUUGGACGCGCACAGGACCACGUUUGACAAUGUGGUGAAGCUGCUGGAGCUCGUGAAUGCCGAGACGAAGGAGAAGAUUGAGAAAGCGGCGACGAAAGCGGCGUCGGCGGAGGCCAUGCCGGCUGCAACGAGCACGAGGAGAGAGCAGUUGCCCAUGCAUCGGCUGGUCAAGGAGAAGCUCUUGGGCACGCCGAUUAUUGUCGUGCCGGCAGGGUUUUCGGACCUGUUUACCAUGUUGAACGCGAAAGAGUUUCUGGAAGAAGGCGUGUAUGUGUCGAACAUGCAGAAGAAGGCCGAAGGGGUGAGGAAACAGCAGGAGAUGAUGGUCACGCACGAAGAAGAGGGGCACGUGUAUACGUUUAAGGUUGUGGAUACGGUCAGUCGGUUUCGGGAUAAGGACUGGCGCUCGGUGGUGGGGGUUAUUGUGUCGGGACAGUCGUGGCAGUUCAAGGGAUGGAAGUGGAAGUUUCCGCUGGAAGUGUUCAAGAAAGUGUGUGGCGUGCACAUUUACAAUCAGGGGUCUCAGUUGAACCCGGAAAUUAAGCAGUGGGAUGUGAAAGUGCUGAUGAUUCACCCGGACAAGCGGCAUUUGGACAAGGUGGCAGCUAAAGAGUUUUGGCGCUUUCUGUUCGCUUUCAUGAAGGUCAAGCUGCAGUAA